UAAAAGUAGUAGUAUGUAAGCUACGAGAUUUCGCUACAUGUCAUGAUAACUUCGAUUUGAAACCUGCCGACGGCGUCUUGGAACCGCACACCUUCACAUGGCUGGCCGCUGUUUACUACAUACAUGUGACGACAUCACUGCCACACCAAUCGGUGGCGCCGCGAGUGGUGCUCGUACACAAACAGUUCGUACUCGGCACUGCAAAGGACCUUCUCAAGCUGCCCAAGAAUUAUAAACUGGGUCACGUGAUAUUCGGUGAUUACGAGCGUGACGAAGAGGAAUGCGGCCUGACACGCGAGCAGCUCAAGAUGAACCAGAAAUGUUCACGCGCAUACUUCGUAAUGCCUCAUCAAGAAGUAAUAGCACAUCCAGAGUAUACUAGAUUCGGUAUCGCCAACAGCUUAGCCGUUGUCAAGUUAGUACGUCCAAUAAAAUCUUUUUACGUCCUUCCGAUUUGCUUGCCAACAUUAGUGGAACGAAGAGUUAAACGAAGAAACAGAGCUGUUUUUCUGAUCGACUAUCUAAACCCCGUCCCAAUCGAUUUAGACGGAGAACGAAUGGCCAAAAAGACUUUAAAGGUGUUCCCUCAUAAAGAUUGCAUCAGGCACCGUAGAAGUACCCUAGGAGAAGGUGUCUCUCACGAACUUUGUACUACAGGGUGUGGUAUUAGGCCCGGUGCCCCUAUUAUUAGCCAAGAUGUUGACGGGAUCUUUCAACUGAUAGGGCUGUCAGCGGGCAGUCAACCAUGUAGGAUCCACACCAUGAGAAGUCGUCUAAAUGAUGACCCGCCUCUAUUCAUCGACGUCUUCCCUUACGUCACCUGGAUUAUGAAUGUUAUCUCAGCUAGUGUUGUUCCGCGCGCUUUUCCUGGGAAGUUAAUGCUUACCGAAGGAGGUUCAAGUAUAGGAAUACGCCCAGGGUUUUUAAGACAGACGAAUACACAGAAGUUCGGAUGGAGAGGGCGCAUGUUCGUGUCUGGAAAUUAUUGUUACAUGAGGCCCAAGCGCCAAAGGAGAACUGCAUUCUUCUACCUUGAGAGGUUUUCCGUAAAAGCUGGUCCAGAAGCCAAAGUCACUGUAUAUAUAAGGAUUUCUGCGGGUAUACAGUGCACCAUAACUUGUGCCCGUCUCCUGAUACCAAACCAUAAAUCAACGCCGAUCAUCGACGGUGUCGGCAGCUUCAAUAUAUCAGUCCAACUGGAUACAAAUUGGUUUCCCUCUCGCUUUUUCUUCACACUAGGCCUAAACGGCAAGAAUACGUCUGCAGAUAACUUAAGCAAGUGGUGGUCACAACGUAACCCAAAAGGAAUGUGGUGA